AGUACAUACUACAUAAAACACGAAUGCAUGACAUCUGUUUAUUUAGCACGACUUGGUUCUAGAUAUAAAUACAGAGCACUUAUUAGUUGGCGUAUGUGCGGGCUAGUACCUUUACGAUAAAGGCUUAAACGCUGCUUUCCAGAUGCUCCACAUAAAUCUCCAAUCUUAGACUCACACCGGUUAAUUUCAAGAUAAUUAAAAAGAAGAAAGUUUUUUGUCUGCGAAAACAAAACAAAAAAGCUCAUGAAUGUACAUUCGGUCUUAUUCACACAUAAAACAGUGUAAUAACAAGGAGUUUUUCAUAUUAGUUUAAAUUUAACAGUCGUGUGAUAAAAAUUACAAUGACGAGAUUGGCACUAUUUUCAUUCGCAAUUAUUACGCUGCUUUAUUCGUUUAGUGACGCUUUCCAUAGCGAUUGUUUGCUUCCAAUAAAGCCUGGGUUUUGCAUGGGAUACUUUGAAAGAUACGCCUUUGAUUCAUCUCUGGGGAAAUGCGUUGCAUUCAUUUAUGGAGGGUGCGGACACAAUGCCAAUAACUUUGAAAGCCAGACUGAAUGCGAAAAUAAAUGUUCCGAAGCUGGUUAAACCUGUUCGAUGAUGCGCACAGUCGAUAAUCAGAAUAAAUGACUUAAAUUGCAA